AUGGCGGACCGGCUGGUCUCAGCCGAGGGCUACAGCAACCGAGCUGCACGAACCAUUGCCCGCCGUAGCACGGCCAAUUAUUUGCUGAGCAUCCAGCAGGAUGUAGACUUUGCCACGAGAGCGCGUGCUGUCCGGCCCUGGCCCUUUUUGGCCAACCUGCGAGCAGGGGCUUGGUACAUGUCACCUGGACUGUUGGACGGCACCAGCUAUUUCAAAUCCAUGGAUGGACACAGGAAUGCAUGGGAUUUCAGCCUCAUCCGCCUCAAUCUUCAUGUGGCCCGGAUGGCAGCAGGGGCUGGUGGUGUGGUUUUGGUGGAUUGCACGGGCAACAGAAGGAAGCGCUUUCCGGAUUCCAUGAGCAAAACGGUGCCCAUUUGGUGUGCAGUGCUGCAAGCAGCGAUGGAGGAGGCUGUGGAGUUUGAUCACCUCCUCCAUUUGCCCUCGGAUGUGCACGAGGAGAGGUUGGAGAUUUUGAAACGCAUGCCUCAGUGGGUGGAGAUGCUUGGCCAAGCCCUACCUGGUGCAGAGCUCAAGGAUUUAGCACAGCAGCUGUGUGGCAAGCGGCUCCGAGCCUGUUGGGUUUGCCCAUCAGAUGACUUGGAGCAGAUGUCGGCGGAUUUGAAGAACUUGGAGAAGGACUUUGUUUUGAUCCUCUGCGUCUCAGCUUCCAAGGUUGAGAUGGGGAGCACUUCAUAUGUUCAGGGAGCAGGAGACGAUGAGGAGGCCUGGGCUCAGCAACUUUCUUUGACACCAGAGCUGUUUUGGAAGCACGUCGACGAGUUGAUGGCUGUGGCCCACAGCAAACCCGAAGAGGAUCAGCCGCAGGUGGACGACUUGAUUCGGUCAUUGGCCGUGCAAAGCAAGGUGGUUGCGGCACCUCGCGCGGGCGAAGGAGUCUGCUCCCAGAUCGCUGCAACGGGCCUGUGUGUGGGCGACUUUCAAGCUGCCCAGCCGCCCAUGGUGUGGAAGGACAGGGGCAUUGAUGCAGUCCUGAAUUGUGGAGGAGAGGAACACCCGGAGAUGAAAGGCGAUAAGCGCUACUUAUUUCUUCCAGCCGCAGAUGAGAGAAAGCAUGAUCCCACCAAGCACUGGUGGCAAGACGUCCUCCUGCCACGGGCCUUGCGGUUCCUGGCCAGGCAUUUGCAGGAAGGACGACGAGUCCUCAUCCACUGCACUCGUGGGGACAAUCGCUCACCUGCGGUAGCAGCUGCCGCGUUGGCAGCCUUUUAUGGUCCCAAAGGUCUGGAGCCCUUUUCUGUCCAAACUGGAUGCAGGCUGGAAAAGAGCGAUCUGCGGAGGUGCCUGGUGACGGUUCAAUGCUACCAUCCGCAUUGCAUGGUACCGCGCCGCAUCAUGCAGUUUCUGAACUUGUUUUUUGUGACAGAAGGAGCUGGGUGGUCUCACUGGCGCCCAGACGAGGAAGACCGCGCCCUGCCAGACGGUCCGCCGAAGAAUGGCGCCCCAGUGCCAGACCGAGGGGUUCAGCAGGCGGAGGAGGUACAGCCUGGGAUGUGGAUCAGUGGCCGACAUGUUGCCAAUAGUUUGCCCUUGUUAAGGCAGCUGAAGAUUACCCACAUCCUGAACGCCACCAAGGAGCCCAACCUCUUUGAGGAAGAGUUUACUUACCACCAGAUGCCCAUUGAGGACAGUCGAUGUGAAAAUCUACUCGAUGCUCUGGAACCUGCGUUGGCUUUCAUUCAUGAAACCAGGAAGAAUUUCAGUCCGGGAGAUGGAGCCAUCUUGAUCCACUGCCGUGAAGGCGUCUCGAGGUCUGUCGCAGUUGUGGUGGCCUAUUUGAUGAGGUUCCAGCACUUCUCCUUGGACUCAGCCUUGGAGCUGCUUCGUGAGCGAAGGACUUCCACCUGUCGGCCCAACGCCAGUUUCAUGCGGCAGCUCCGUCACUUUGAAGCUGCGGAAAAGGCCACCAAAACGUGA